GGGCUCCUGCGUGAGGCCGGCAAGUUUGGAGCGUGGUCAGACAAUAGGGGCGUGGCUACGGCUCGCGUAGCGCAACCAACGCUCUGGACCAGACCUGGGCUCGAGACCAUAACUGUUCGGGUUUAACAGUCCGUGGGCGGCCGGAAUCCGGGAGUCCGGUGACCGGGCUGUGGUCUAGCAUAAAGACGGAGCCCAGAAGAAGGGGCGGGGUAUGGCAGAAGCCUCCCCGUCUGCCCCCACAAUGCGGCAUCGGCUGGUCCUGCUGCUGCUCCUCUCUGCCCUGGUGACCCCCUCCACUGCAGCCCCUAUCCACGAUGCUGAUGCCCAAGAGAGCUCCUUGGGUCUUACAGGCCUGCAGAGCCUACUCCAAGGCUUCAGCCGACUUUUCCUGAAAGGUAACCUGCUUCGGGGCAUAGACAGUUUCUUCUCUGCCCCCAUGGACUUCCGGGGUCUCCCUAGGAACUACCACAAAGAGGAGAACCAGGAGCACCAGCUGGGGAACAACACCCUCUCCAGCCACCUCCAGAUCGACAAGAUGACCGACAACAAGACAGGAGAGGUGCUGAUCUCUGAGAAUAUGGUGGCAUCCAUCCAACCAGCAGAGGGGAGCUUCGAGGGUGACUUGAAGGUACCCAGGAUGGAGGAGAAGGAGGCCCUGAAAAAAAAAAAAAAAAAAAUGGACAGCUUCCAUGCAGAACUCCAUCCCCGGGUGGCCAAAAAAAAAAAAAAAAAAACACGGCGGAGGUCCCACCAGGAUGCCCUGGAGGGCGGCAAAAAAAAAAAAAAAAAAAGACACCGCCUGCAGGCCAUCCGGGAUGGACUCCGCAAGAAAAAAAAAAAAAAAAAAAUAGAAGAGGGGACCAAGAGCUCCUCCCACUCCAGGCUGUCCCCCCGAAAGACCCACUUACUGUACAUCCUCAGGCCCUCCCGGCAGGUGUAGGGG